AUGGAGAUUAUUCCUUCCCAAAAAUCGUCUUCUCGAUCGAGGUCCAGGUCACGGACUAGAAAUUCAACUGCGAAUUCGCGAUCAACCUCUGCCACAAGGAGACCGAGCUUGUCAUCAACAACACGCCGCUCAUUAUCUAGCUCCUCUCUAGACAGGCUUACCCUCACCUCCACAAAGAUCGAUGCUGAUCGGAGCAUCCCUUCAAUAGAUGCUAUCUUGGACAAUACCUUGCCCGCAGAGUUUUUUAAACAGGAUAUAAUAGCACUCACAAAAGCGUUGAAGAUUAGCAAAUGGCACAAGAAGAGUCUUGUCACACUGAACUUGAGCAUAAACAGAAUUUCAGGUGCGUUGACCAAUUCGAUAUACAAGAUUGAAUACAAUGAUGAUCGUCAAGAUGUUCACUUACCUGCAUUAUUGCUUAGGGUGUAUGGGAAAAAUGUCGACGAGUUAAUCGACCGUGACUCCGAGUUGCAAACAUUGAUCAAGUUAUCGCAAAAGAGGAUUGGUCCUCGACUCUUGGGAAUAUUCACCAACGGUAGAUUUGAGCAAUUCUUGGAGGGAUACAUAACAUUGAAUAAGGAGCAGAUUAGAGAUGAAGUCAUUAGUCAGAUGUUUGGAAGAAGAAUGAAGGAUUUGCAUUAUAAGAUUGAAUUGAACACCGAAGACUACCUGCAACAUUUACCAACAUGCUGGCGGUUGAUUGAGAAAUGGUUGCGCAUCUUUGAGGAAGAAUAUUUACCUGGGUAUGAGUCUGCCGGUGUAGAUAUCAAAGAUGUGUUUAUGAUGAGCAUGGACGAGUUUAAGGAUUUGGUAUUUGAUUACAAGUACUGGUUAUUUAGCAAAUACGAAAAAGAUGGAUUUAGUUCAAAUUACAAGUUCUGUCAUAAUGAUACACAAUAUGGUAAUCUACUCCUUCACGAGUCCUUUAAACCAGAAGAUAUAAUCGUUGACACACCAACUUCGUCUUCGGCAAACCUUAGUGAAGUUGCACUCAAGUCUACGACAAAUAAGAAAGAUUCCAAUCUAGUUGUCAUUGAUUUCGAAUAUUCUGGACCCAAUUUCCCAGCAUUUGACGUUGUAAACCACUUUAGUGAAUGGAUGGCUGAUUAUCACGAUCCUGAGAAAUCAUACUACAUUGACGAGCACAGGUACCCAACAAAAUUGGAGCAAUUGAACUUGAUUAAAUCCUAUAUUGAGUAUGAUUUCCAAUUCCCUUCAUCCAAUUUGAAAACAUCAAAGUCAGCAAUGGACUUGUUGAAUGAUGACUCUAAGCCUCAAGCGAUAAGUUUGCUUCGUCAUGAAAUUGAAAAAUUGUUUAAUGAGUGUGUUUACUGGAGAGCCACGGUACAGAUAUAUUGGUGUUUAUGGGGCUUGAUCCAAAAUGGACCAUUGAAACCUAAACCGGAUGCGCAAGCGCAAGUUGGCGAAAAAGGUGUUGAUAGUACUUAUAACAUUACGCUUGAUGUUGACAAGCUCAACUUAGAGGGCGAAGUAAACAAGGACGGCAGUGGCGAUGACGCAGUAGUAGCCAUAGAAGAAGCCAUCACAUCGAGUGACGAUGAUUUCGACUACUUGAAAUAUUCCAACCAAAAGGCAGGACUAAUUUUGGGUGAUCUCUUGCAAUUUGGACUUCUCAAAGGAGAACAGGUGGAACCAAAGUACAAAGACCUUAUCAAGUAUCUCAGUGUCGAAACAUUCGACAUGUGA